CAGACGCCACAAAAGUUCCCCUCGCCAAAUUGGGGAGCCCGCAAGCGAGUUGGCAGCCCCAGCUGUGCAUAUAUACAAAAUUCAUUGAUUUUGUCAACGUAAAACACACAGCGCAUAGCAGGGCAGCGAAGCAAAAACAGCUACCGUACGGCCAGAGUGAAGUUAACUGAAUUAGAAACGCUGGAGCCGCGAGUGCACGGCGGCAAUGCGAACCGAUUGAGUCCAAUCAGAACGCUGCUCCCAAUCAGAAGUGGCAGAAGCAGGGGGCCAAGAGCGAGCGAGCGAGCGAAAAAUACGGACAAACGGGGAAAGGAAAGGCGAACGCGAGGCGAAAAGAAAAUAGGAGAGAAAAGCGAACGAGCGGCGGCGGUGGCAGGAGAGCUAGUGAGCGAACGAUGCAAUAGGAGUGGUGCGCGGGGGAAAAUGACCACCAGCUCUGUGCCAGCGACGACGGACUAACGGAGACGACCGUAACGGCCGUAAAAUGCCCCGGAAUGCCACUUGCAGGACAAGUGGAGGAUGCGUAGCUAACGGCAACGGUAAUCAGGAUGAGGAGGGAGAAGCAAACAAUAACAAAAGCGGUGCUGCAGGAGGCGGCGGCGAGGGCAUGGGCAUCGUCAAGCAGGAAUUGGAGGCGGCUCCGCCGGUGUGCCACCGUAAAUCGGAGCGACGGAGAGUGGCUCGGGACAUCUUUCUGGUGUUCGAGGAGCAGUCGACACGGCGGCGUGGCAAGGGAGCGCGCGGUAAGAAUACGCGGGCCAAGCAGAAGUUCGGACACCUGAAGGUGGCCAAUACGCCGCGGAUUAGCAAAAGUGUGCUGCGCGAGAUCAAGACGGAACCAAAGUGCAGCACGGGCCCGGAGCUGCCGGCCCCCGAGCCACCAGCAGCAGCUGUUCCUUCUCCCAAUCCCGCUCCUAUAAAUCCCACGGUGCCGCCUGUGCCGCGAACGGCUGCCGUGAAACUUGAAACCAAAACAACCACGACAACGGUCACUGCAUCCAAUGUGGUGUCGACCCGAAGAGUCAGUCCCAAGCCCAAGGCUCCGCGCGCAGUGGAGGAGGAAGCGGAGGAGAAGCAGGAGCCGCCAGCAGUCACUGCCCUGCGACGACACAAAACGCCCACACCAACACCCACACCCACUAUAACUCCUAGUAAUCCCAACUCCAAACCCACUCCCAGUAGUAACACCUCGGCAGUGGCAACGCCCAGCGUUAAUCCCAUCUUCCUGUGGGUCAAGCAGGACGACACCCGCAUCGUGGAGGUGCGCUGCGAGGACUACGACAAGCGCAAUCGCAUUCGCCUGACCAAGACCACGAACGGCUGGCGCUCCAUGCCGCGCACCGAUGCUUCCUCCACGCGGAUAGUUAAAUUCUUCCACGGCUCCGCCGCACCCUUGAUGAAGGUCAAGCGCGAGCAGCACCAGCAUCAGCGUCACGAGGAUGACGAGCAAGAGGAUGAGGCGCAGCACCUGGAGCUGGUGACCCAACACGAGCACGAACACGAGGCGGAGCUGGAGCAGGAGCCGGUGCAGCAGCCACAGUUGCCUAUCAUUGCUCAGAAUCUGCUGCAGGACUGGGAGGACAGUGUCACCCAGCUGCCGGACGAGAUCGAGGAGGAGGAGGAGGAGCCGGAAGAGGAGGAGGCGGAAGCGGAGGAGCUGCAGCUGGAUGCGGAUCAACCGAAUGGCAACCUGAUUGAGAACGUGGUGGUGCUGCCAUCCGGUCAGCAGCCCUGUUCUUCCAGGACUCCUCCCUGCUUUGACGGACUGCUGGACAGCGAGGAGACGAAUGCCUCGACCAAGGCCACAAAGACCAACACGCCCACAUAUCAGAGCUCCACGCCCUCGCCGUUGGAAUUGCAGCUAUGCCCCAAGACGGGUCUGUUCCUGCCCAAGGGCGAUAUUGCCCUGAUCCAGGUCCCUGAUGACGACCCCAUUCCGGUUGAGCAUGGGGAGGAGGAGGAGGACAAACCACUGACCACGGCGGUCCAUGAUUCCGCGGAGAGUCUCGAUGCGAAUACUAAGAAUCUGAAGGAUCUGCUGGACGACGCCGACGAUCUGCUGCAAAACUGCAGCAGCGAUCACGGGAGCAGUGGGGCGGAUCUGCUCGAUUCCCUGGUGAAGCGCAGCUGCGAGGACAAUCUCGUCCAGGAGACCAGCACCGGCGGCGGUAAUAAUCCCCAGAACACCUCAACCUCCUCCACUGGCGAUGAACUGAGCUCCUUUUGCGUGCCAGAUCUCGGCAAGGACCUGCCCAGUAUCCUCAACAUGGACAAUGACGACGACACGCCCAAGUGCCUGUCCUUCAACGAGGCGGGUGAGAUCGAGGGCCUGAACGGAGAGCUCUUCCUGGGCAUAGAGGCCUUCGAGAAGCAGCAGGAGGCGGUGGUGGCCACGGAGCCGGAGCCACAGCCUCCCACUCCUGCGACUGUUGAGCUGACCCAAACACCCACGCCCACGACACCCACGCCAGAAAAGGACAAGGACAAGGCCAGUGGAGGGGACGAGACGCCCAAGGACCUGAGCUACAAGAAGCGCGAGGAGGUGUGUCCGCCCUCCGAGUCGCGCAGCCAGUGUGCUGUGACCUCCAGCUCCGAUAUUCUCAAGUCCCCGGAACGGGACCUGCAGCUGCCAGCCAACUCCAUCCCGGCCGAGGUGGAGACCACCUCGGAAACCAUCAAAAAUCUCAUUCUGGAGCAGUUCCUUAAGCUGAACAAUAGCAAUAACAAUCCGCAGCAGGCGGAGCCCAUGGAUCUCGGGAAGGCGGGACGCGAGGGCAAACUAGAGACGGUGGUGAUCGACGACGAGGAGGAGGAGGAGUCCAGUCAGCCGCUCAAGAAGCGUCCGAAGGCCAGCAUCAAGAUGGAUAAGGAUCCGGAUGCCCUCACCCAGUUGAAGAUGCUGAUCAGCAAUCCGCAGUGGAAAGUUCCGGACCCGAUACUCGUGCCAAAGGAUCGCCUCGGCGCCGUGUUGGCCUCUCCGGCCCGUGAGAUACCCCUGCUGUUGACCACCAGGCCGGAGCUGCGUCUCCCGGAGGCCUUCGCCUAUCCAGAGAUCAUCCAGAAUCCCAAUAUUCUCGUGGUGACCAUGGAGCAGCUGGAGGCCAUACUCAAAACGGAGGCAGAGCAGGCGACGAAGGCGACCAAGGAGCCGGAUCCAGUGGUGCUGGGGCCCAGCAGCAAGGCGAGGAGUCCCAGUCCAAAGCAGACGCAGCCCAAACCUGUGCCAGCUCAGACCAAGCCCGCAGCAGUGGCUCCCGUGGUGCCCACUCCGCCCUCGCCGGCGGCGGAUUCCAGUCUUUCCACGGAUCUGAAUGCCACCACGCUGGCGCUGCUGCAGCAAAUGCUGUGGCUGCCGUAUUUUGGCCAGCUGUCUCAGGAGUUCUUUAAGACCAUCAAGGAUCCGCUGGGGCUGCAGCGAAAGUUCAUGAGCAAUCUUCUGCCGCUGUACAACAGCCAGUUCGGGCUGCAGCACCUGGACGAGCUGUACAAGCAGUGCAUGAAGCAGAAGCCGUCGGAGGAGCAGCAGCCAAAGGUGCCCACUCCUGCGCCAGCUCCUCCUCCUCCUCCAGCGGCGGCAACUCAUGCUCCACCACCUCCUCCAAGUGCUGCCAGCGGUUCCACCAAUGCCUUCAACGGGUUCACCAAUCCCGUAGAGCUGGCCAUCAUGCAGAAGCUGCUGCAGCCGCAGCUGCCGCAAUUCCUCAAUUGGGACGCUUCCAAGGAGGCGUCAUCAUCCUCAUCUUCCGCCGCAUCCACGCAUCAUCAUCAAGAGCACAAACGUCCCAGGAGGGAGCCGGAAACGGAAACCAUCUGCAACUUUACCAAAUCAAAGCUGUCAGCAGGUGCCCCAAGUGCCACUGCUGCUGCUGCCCCCGCCGCUGUGCCUGCCCCAGCACCCGCUCCAGCGCCAGCGCCAGCUCCGGCGGAGCACAAACCCAGACUGACCAUCAAAUCCCUCUCGAAUCUGCUGGAGCCGGAGGCGAAUGUGGUGCCCCUGCUCAACGUGCCCUUUGACGGUAUGCGAGGGCGUUCCUCCAUGCACAAAACGACGACAGCGGAUCAGGGCAAGGAAGCGGCCACCGGCGGACGCACACUUCGUUCUAGUAAGGCCUGCGUUACUUACAAUCCCCUGGAGCAGGCCAAGCAGUUGCAGCAGCAAUCGUCCGUUGGGUCCCAGCAGCAGCGGAAGCGGGGCAACCUGCUCGCUCAAGAUCAUCAGCAGCAACAACAACAGCAGCAGCAGCAUCAUCUUGCCGAGGCGGCGGCUGCCGGAAUGGAUGCCAAUUCGGCGCUGUGGCAUCCUCUCUUUGGCAGCAAUCCCAAGCAGGGCUACAACAGCCCCUGGCAGUGGACCACAGUGACGGCCACCGGCGAAUGACAGUCAAGCCGGGCUCAUAAGGAGCCACAAUCACCUGCAGCGGGAUCAAGGACAACGGCCAGCUACGAGGAGCAGCAGCAACAACAACAACAGCAGCAGCAGCAGGAGUAUAGCAACUACCAGGCCGUGGCCAAGCAGCAACAACACCAGCAACAGCAAUCACAACUUCCAGCAGCCAACAAUCAAAAUCACAGCAACAAUAGUAGCAAUAAAUUUUGUUAUCCCACGGCGGCGGCCAUGGAGAAUAUGUUCCAGAGCAAUCAAAUGGCGGCCGCCGCCGCCGCCCGUGAGUCGCUGCUCAAUUCGUACUUGUAUCAGAAGGAGGGCGAUGCUAGCAGCAACUACAUGUCAGCGGAGCAGGGCUACUGGCAGCAGCAUCAACAGCAGCAGCAGCAGCAACAUCACCAUCAACAGCAGCAACAACACCAACAGCAUCAGCAAAAGCAACUCCAACAACAGCAGCAGCAACUCCAGCAACAACAGCAGUGGAGCGGUGGCAGCACCAACCCAAGGGGCAACAACAACAACUAUGCCAACAAUUAUGCAGCAGCAGCAGCUGCCUCCAUGUACAUGCAACACUUCAAUCCCUACAUGCAACAGAAGGCGGCCCUGCUAGCAGAGAAGGCCGCUCAGGCGGCGGCAGCCGCGGCAGCGGUCCAGAACAGCAACGGGAGCAAUGGCAACAAGCAUGGACGCUUUGGCGGGGACUAUGGCUAGGCGUAGAGAGGAUCGCCAUCGCCUCCCCAUCAGCAACAACACUUGCAUAUUAAACAUAAACACACAUAUAGGCAUAUAUAUAUAUAUACAUACAACA